AUGCCAGUCCGGAGGGGACACGUCGCUCCUCAGAACACCUUCCUGGACACCAUCAUCCGCAAAUUUGAGGGCCAAAAUCGUAAAUUCAUCAUAGCCAAUGCGCGAGUAGAGAACUGCGCCAUCAUUUUCUGCAAUGAUGGAUUCUGCCAUAUGUGUGGCUACACACGUGCUGAGGUGAUGCAGAAGCCAUGUACAUGCAGCUUCCUGUAUGGGCCUCACACGGGCAGGUCUGCUGUGGCCCAGAUGGCUAAAGCGUUGUUGGGCUCGGAGGAGAGGAAGGUGGAGAUCUCCCUCUAUAGGAAAGAUGGAGUGUGUUUCCUAUGCUUGGUGGAUGUGGUCCCAGUCAAGAAUGAGGAUGGACUGGUCAUCAUGUUCAUCCUGAAUUUUGAGCUGGCAGAUCAGCAGGAUAGCACUGCUAACAGCUCACCACUAAAGGAGCACAACCACAGAUUCUCAAUUCCAUGGCUUUCUAAAGCUUGUAGAUAUAGGUUCAGGCUGCCCCAGCCUUUGUUUAACUCUCUGAGCAGCAGCAGGUCACCUCUGCAUGAUGAUGCUGAGUUGGGUCGCAUGCACAAGAUGCCACACAUGGGCCAUGAAUCAGUGGCCCUGGACAAAUUGUUGUCUCUGCCAGAACGUUCAGCACUAGGGCGGCUUCCAUUGCUCUUGUGGGAUGAUGAACCCCCUCUAGAGCCUCACUGUGAGCUUCAGUCCUCACCACCAUCCCAACCCCCAUUCCGUGGCUUUUUGCAGUCCUCCUCAUGGCUAGACUGCCCAAAGAAUUCACCCUCCAACUGCAGCCUGUCCCACAGCCGCUCAUGUGAAAGCCUUUGUAGUACACGCCACUUGCCCUCUACCAGUGUCUGCACCAGGGACAGAAAGCUUCCCUUCAGACCCAACAGCAUGGGUGCCAUGCAUCGUAAAGCCAGUUUGCCUAACUCUACAUCAGACUCGGACCUGAUGCGGUUCCGCAUGGUAAAUACAAGUCCUACAGCACCGCACAACUUAAUUGACUUCAAACCAGAUCCCUUGGUGACUCUUCCUUCCAGCGAGAUCGAUAUAAUUGCACCUUGCAAGUUGAUUGAUCGUACCCACAAUGUGACUGAGAAAGUCACUCAGGUACUGUCUCUAAGUGAUGAUGUCCUCCCUGAGUACAAGCUUCAGGCUCCCCGCAUUCACAAGUGGACCAUCCUGCACUACAGUCCCUUCAAGGCUGUAUGGGACUGGGUUAUUCUGUUACUGGUUAUCUACACAGCCAUCUUCACACCAUACUCUGCAGCCUUCCUGCUAAGUGAUGAGGAGGAGGCUGCCAGGCAGCGCUGUGGAUACUCCUGUAGCCCUCUCAAUGUGGUGGAUCUCAUUGUAGACAUAAUGUUUGUUAUUGAUAUUGUCAUAAACUUUCGCACAACGUAUGUCAAUACCAAUGACGAGGUGGUCAGCCAGCCUGGCCGCAUCGCUGUGCACUACUUUAAAGGCUGGUUCCUCAUCGACUUGGUGGCUGCCAUUCCAUUUGACCUGCUUAUCUACCGCUCUGGAGAGGAGACAACCACUCUGAUUGGUCUGCUGAAAACAGCUCGGCUGCUGCGAUUAGUACGUGUGGCACGCAAACUGGACCGGUACUCAGAGUAUGGAGCAGCAGUGCUCUUCUUGCUCAUGUGCACCUUUGCAUUAAUCGCACACUGGCUGGCAUGUAUCUGGUACGCAAUAGGGAACGUGGAGAGAAGUGGUUUGUCUCGAAUCGGCUGGCUAGACUCACUGGGAGAACAGCUUGGCAAGCCUUAUAAUGAGACAAUUCCAUCCUCUGGACCGACCAUUAAAGACAAGUAUGUCACAGCUCUUUACUUCACCUUCAGCAGUCUGACCAGUGUGGGCUUUGGGAAUGUCUCACCAAACACCAACUCUGAGAAGAUCUUCUCAAUUUGUGUUAUGCUUAUUGGUGCACUGAUGUAUGCCAGUAUCUUUGGGAAUGUGUCAGCUAUUAUCCAGAGACUUUACUCUGGAACUGCUCGCUACCACACCCAGAUGCUACGAGUGCGAGAGUUCAUUCGCUUCCACCAGAUCCCCAAUCCACUAAGGCAGCGCCUAGAGGAGUAUUUCCAACAUGCUUGGUCCUACACCAAUGGCAUUGAUAUGAACGCUGUGCUUAAGGGUUUUCCCGAAUGCUUGCAAGCAGACAUUUGUCUGCAUCUGAACCGCACUCUGCUACAGAACUGCAAAGCUUUCAAGGGCUCCACCAAAGGCUGCUUACGUGCCCUAGCCAUGAAAUUUAAGACAACCCACGCCCCACCAGGAGACACUUUAGUCCAUGCAGGCGAUGUCAUUUCAGCCCUCUACUUUAUCUCUCGAGGCUCCAUUGAAAUCCUGAGGAGAGAUGUGGUGGUAGCCAUCCUGGGAAAGAAUGAUAUAUUUGGGGAACCCAUUAAUAUGUACACACGGCCUGGGAAGUCGUGUGCUGAUGUAAGAGCACUGACUUACUGCGAUCUGCACAAGAUCCAGAGGGAGGAUAUUCUGGAGGUGCUGGAGAUGUAUCCAGAAUUCUCAGAUUACUUCUGGAGCAACCUGGAGAUCACCUUCAGCCUUAGAGAAACUACAACAAUUUCUGGGUCUGUGAACAGUGAAGAGUCAGGAAAGGCCUACAUGAAACAUCAUAUGAACAGAUCAACACUUUCCUUCCAUCGUAAUGAGAAAGAUAACACAGUGAAGACAGACUCCAAACUCAACAGGACGACUCUUCAGCCUCUGAGAAGCAGGUGGCAUGAGGAAAAAGGACAAAAGGUUCAUCAAGACUUGGAUUCCUCAUCCUCUCAAACCAGCAGUGAUGAAGAGGAUGAAGGCUUUUUUUCAGGGGUCUCCAACAUAUUUAGUUUCUGGGGAGAAAGUCAUGGACAUCAGUACCAGCAGGUGCCCAGCCACAGUAUGUCCUGUCCCCCUCCCUCAUCUCCAUCUAUGGGUUUCUCACACAAUAUCACCCACCGUCAAUGCAGUGAGGUGGAAAACAGACUGGAACUACUGCAGAGACAGCUUCAUGGCCUGGAGUCUCGUAUGUCCACAGACAUUGGAGCCAUCAUGCAGGUUCUUCAGAGGCAGAUGGCUCUUGUUCCACCAGCUUAUAGUGUUGUGACCUCUCCACCCGACUCAUCCCCAAAUCCACAUAAACUUGGACAAAAGCUUGUGCAACCAGUCAAUCCUUUAGAAAUGGAGAGAUCAGCCAUUCACUCUCAGAUAUGUGAUCCAGAGGAUACUGGUGAUGUCUCUACUAAGUCAUGUGAGCUGCUGCAGGAUAGUGAGGAGUUCCAGCUCCUAGAUUAUUCACUGGCUUCCACUCCUGAGAGUCAUGGGUUUGACCCAAAAAUCCAACACGAUUGUGAAGGGCGACUGAGCAAGGCCAGUAGUCCUGAGAUGCUUACCGAUGUCAUGACCACUGCUCCCGACAGGCAGCCUGUGGAUGUGAUUGGUCCUCUGUGGAAUCCUACUCUAGAAAGGGGGUUCUAUGAAACUAUUAACCAUCAACACACUCGACUGAGCUGUGAUUGGAUGAACCAUGGAAGGGGCGGGGUUUUGUGUGCCUAUGUCUGUGGCUGUGCGUAUGCGGGCGCGUGCGUGCGUGCGUGCGUGCGUAUGUGUGUGUCAUACGGACUGAACGCAGAGGUGCACCUGACCGUGAACGGAGACAAGCGCAUCAUUCCAGUUUUAAAACACUUGAGCGGUGAGUGA